AUGACCGAGUAUGGAAUUUUGCCAUCAUCCAUUCAAUAUGCUUCUCCGAUGGAUGGUUUAUUAAAUUCAGCACUCUCUCUUCGCGGAGUUUGGAUCUUGGAUGAACAACGACAAAAGAUAUUAUUUUCAAGAAGGUUUCCGACAGUAGAAAAACGGGCAUUAGAGUUGAUCCGAGCACAACAACAUAUCGGAACAGAUGAGAAUCAAUCAAUCAUGCUCUCUUCAUCAUCAGCUCAACCAUUUGUAAAAUCUUUGGCUCACCAUUUAUCUGCCUCCAUUUCCGAUUUUGGAGAUGGAUUUUUAGUGGAAUAUUUCAGCUUGGCAAAAAAACAGUAUGAAACAUUGGCUGCUUCAAGAAGUGGUCUAUCCAUGCAUGCACAAUUAUUUAAACAUUCGUCAGUUCAUCCACCAAAAAUUCAAUCCAUUUUGGAAACUGUGGAAAAUGAAAAUCAUGAAUCAUUAUGGAAAGUAUUCUUGAAAUUAAUGGAAGAGAAUUAUGCAAUGUUUUCAAUGGAUACAAAAUUUGUUGAAAAGUAUCAUUUGGAAGAGCAGAUCAUGUUAUCAUCAUCGAUGGGAUCAGACUCUAUUUCAGCGGAGGAUGAAGAUUUGGCAAUUUUACUUCCACUCGAAGUAUCCACUAGCUUGAAUACUCAAAAUUCUCUCACUGUCAAAUCUCAAUCUGUUGACAGGAUCAAGUCACCAACCAACAAAAAAGGAUUGAAAUCACCGAGUGGAAAAAAACAUAACUCAUCUGCUCGAGGUUUUUCUACGAAACCAAACAAUAAUUCACCAAAUCAUAUUAAUUUAUUUGGAAAUUCUGGUAACGCGACAAGUCUUCAAACUGCUGAGAGCGACAAGAAUGUUCCUCCUCAUAUUUUCCCAUUUGUUUCCAUUGUCGUUGGAGGUGUCACAUUUGUUGCACUCCCACUAAUAGUGCCAAAUGCUUCGACAACAACACCUGAAUCAUUUAUUGACUUUUCAAAAUUAGAAAACACCCUGGAAUAUCCAUCAAUAUCUGGUGCUUUUAGUUUCUUGCAAGAUCUUUCAUCAAACUUUUUCUUGGCCAACCAAAAACAUCAAAAAUCUUCCGAAGUUACCAAUUAUAUGAACAUGUAUAUUAGUCAAUGUGCGCCAUUUGGAAGGCCCAUUGAUUCAGCACCAUCCAAUGUCCAUCUCUUACUCACUAAGCCAUUUCCAAUAGAUGACCCAGAGUUGUCGUCCUUGAGAAGACCCUCAUGGAAAGCUCAUUCACUGAAAUUCGAUCAGCAACGAAUUCAUUUCAUUAUUCGCGAAAAUAUUUUAAGUGCUCAAUUUGAUAAGAAGGACAUUCCAGAUGAAAUUUCAUGUUUUGGAUCGAUUUUGUGUAGUGCAGAAAUUGACGGAUUUUCUGAUGUGACAGUGAGCUUGAGUGAACUACGCAAUACAAGGCACAUUUCAGUGCAUUAUUGUUGUAGAGAUCAUCCAGAUGAAAUGUCAAAUCCUGGAUGUGAAUAUGCAAGCUUGUCAUUUUCUCCUCCCUCGGGUGCCUUUGUUUUGUGUAAAUACAAUAUUGAGAAUGUGAACAAACCACCCGUGCGAGGAUAUUAUCAAAUGAGAGAAUUGGCAGAUAAUAAGGUUGAAUUUUUACUGCAAUUGGGAAUUGAUUCAGUGGAUUCUCAAUUCGAGUACUGUAAUGUCAUUAUACCAUUUCCAAACAGAACGGAAGUAACUGAUAUUUCCUAUCAAGCAGUACAGGGACAAUUAACAAAAGGAAAAGGGAAAAAUAAUUUAGUUUGGACGAUUGGCAACAAGUGGAAAACGAAAGAAUUAUCACUUUCUGGAACUCUCACGUUUAAUCAAACAUCGUCAUCGGAUACAAUGGCCAUUGUGAAGGAUGUUUCUGAUCCAUUUUUUGUGAAUAAGAAUUCUCUAGUUCGACUGCAGUACAAGUUGUUGAACAUGUCACUGAGUGGGGUUAUUAUUGAUCCAAAAACUGUUUCUCUCAAUUCAUCACUCAAGUUGGAAGCAGUGACCAUCAAGAGAGAAAUUGUUGCCGAAGAUUGUGUCAUUUACAAUUCGAGAGGAGAUGUUAGGCAUGUUCAGUAG